AUGAGUUAUAGGUAUGUCUUUUUUUUUUAUUUAAGACUCAUGAACAGGUCAGCACCACAUUUUGUGACUGAAUUUGUGCUUCUGGGAUUCCCUGGCUGCUGGGAGAUACAGAUCUGCCUCUUCUCAUUACUUUUGGUGAUUUAUGUCUUAACAUUGCUUGGGAAUGGAGCCAUUGUCUGUGCUGUGAGAAGAGAACCACGACUACAUACCCCCAUGUACUUUCUGCUGGGAAACUUUGCCUUCCUUGAGAUCUGGUAUGUUUCUUCCACUGUCCCUAAUAUGCUAUCCAACAUUCUCUCUAAAACCAAGACUAUUUCAUUUUCAGGUUGUUUCCUCCAGUUCUAUUUCUUCUUUUCCUUGGGCACAACUGAAUGUCUAUUCCUGGCAGUAAUGGCUUAUGAUCGGUACCUAGCCAUCUGCCAGCCACUCCACUACCCCACCAUCAUGACUGGGAAACUGUGCAGAAUACUGGUAUCUCUGUGCUGGCUUAUUGGAUUCCUUGGCUACCCCAUCCCCAUUUUUUUCAUCUCCCAACUUCCCUUCUGUGGUCCCAAUGUCAUUGACCACUUCCUGUGUGAUAUGGACCCACUGAUGGCUCUGUCCUGUGCUCCAGCUCCCAUUACUGAAUUUAUUUUCUAUGCUCAGAGCUCACUUGUCCUCUUUUGCACUGUUAUGUAUAUUCUUCGAUCCUAUAUCUUGUUGCUCAGAGCUGUUUUUAAGGUCCCUUCAUCAGCUGGCAGGAAAAAAGCCUUUUCAACCUGCGGUUCUCAUUUAGCUGUGGUGUCACUAUUCUAUGGAACAGUAAUGGUGAUGUAUGUGAGUCCUACAUAUGGCAUCCCAAUUUUAAUGCAGAAGAUCCUCACACUAAUAUAUUCAGUAAUGACUCCUCUCUUUAAUCCCCUGAUCUACAGUCUUCGUAAUAAGGACAUGAAACUUGCCUUGAAGAAUGUCCUGUUUGGAAUGAAAAUCAGUCAAAAUUCAUGA